AUGGCAUCAAUUGCACGAUCCCUACGGCCGGUGGCCUUCCGUCUCUCAGCCGCAUCCCGCAGCAGUGCAGCUCCAUGGCGAGCCUCACAAUUCCAGGCGCGAGCAUUCUCCGCUUCUCCUGCUUCACAAGCAAAGCGAUACACUAAGGACCACGAAUGGGUUGAGCUCUCUGAGGAUGGCAAGACGGGCGUCAUUGGUAUCUCGGAUUAUGCUGCACAUGCUCUCGGUGAUGUCGUCUACGUCGAGCUUCCAACGACGCCAAUGGAAGUCGAAGCUGGAGAUGCGAUCGGAGCGGUGGAGUCUGUGAAGUCGGCUUCGGACAUCAAUGCGCCUAUUACCUGCACGAUUACUGCUGUCAAUGACCUACUGGAGGAGAAGCCCGGAACUAUCAACAAGGGACCAGAAGAUGAGUCGUCAUCUGGAGGAUGGGUUGCGAAGGUCGAGGUUGGCGAAGCAGGAAUCAAGGGUCUGGAGGCGUUGAUGGAUGCGAAGGCAUACAAAGAAUUCACGGAAGAUGCUUGA